GCCGCCGGGGCCGGCAGGGGGCGCGCUGCGCGGGCGGCGCGGGCCUGCGGCGCGUCUAGGCCGAAGCCGCUCCCAGGGUGCGCUCGGUGCCCACAAAGCGCCAGCUGAGGGGCCGCUGCGGGCCGAGCGCCGCUGAGCCUGCCCGCCACCCAGCUUCACCCGCCGGCCGCCGUGCCUCCGCUGAGUCCCCGCGCCCCAAGCAGCCGCGCGAGCCGGGCGGGGAAGGCAGGGCCGGGCGGGCGCCGCCUGCGGAGAGGCCAGGGGCCGGCCUGCGUGGGACCGCGCGGCGGCGGCGGCGGCGGCGACUCCGGCGACUCCGGGCCGGGCCGGACACAGCGCAGGGCCAUGGCCGAGGCGGCCCCGGCUCCGACUUCUGAAUGGGACUCUGAAUGUCUUACAUCCCUGCAGCCCCUUCCUCUUCCCGUGCCCCCAGCAGCAAAUGAGGCGCACCUGCAGACCGCAGCCAUCUCCUUGUGGACCGUGGUGGCAGCCGUGCAGGCGAUAGAGAGAAAGGUGGAGGUCCACAGCCGGCGACUCCUACACCUAGAAGGACGGACGGGGACAGCAGAGAAGAAGCUAGCCAGCUGUGAAAAGACAGUGGCUGAUCUUGGGAACCAGCUGGAGGGCAAGUGGGCCGUGCUGGGGACCCUGCUGCAGGAGUACGGGCUGCUGCAGAGGCGACUGGAGAACUUGGAGAACCUGCUGAGGAACAGGAACUUCUGGAUCCUGCGGCUGCCCCCGGGCAUUAAAGGAGAUCUCCCAAAGGUGCCUGUGACAUUUGAUGAUAUCUCCAUCUACUUUUCCACUCCAGAGUGGGAAAAAUUAGAAGAAUGGCAAAAGGAACUUUACAAGAAUAUCAUGAAGGGCAACUACGAGUCUCUCAUCUCCAUGGAUUAUGCCAUGAAUCAACCUGAUGUCUUAUCUCAGAUUCAGCCGGAAGGAGAACAUAAUACAGAGGAGCAGGCAGGACCAGAGGAAAGUGAGAUUCCCACAGACCCCAGUGAAGAGCCUGGCAUUUCAACAUCAGAUAUUCUGUCUUGGAUCAAACAAGAGGAAGAGCCCCAGGUUGGGGCCCCACAGGAGACCAAGGAGAGCGACAUGCACAAGGGCGCCUAUGCUGAUGAAGAGCUUGUCAUCAAAGCCGAAAGCCUCGCCAGAGCCUCUCUGUGCCCAGAGGUUCCAGUCACCUUCUCUUCUCCGCCACCAGCGGCAAAGGAUACUUUUCCAGAGGUGGCUUUUAAAAGCCAGCCGUCCGCAUCCAUGGCGCCUUUUGGACGUCCAGCCACUGACCUGGCCGAAGCCUCUGAGGGCCAGGUGACUUUUACUCAGUUGGGUAGCUACCCCCUGCCACCUCCAGCCGGGGAGCAGAUAUUCUCCUGCCACCACUGUGGCAAGAGCCUCAGCCAGGACAUGUUGCUGACCCACCAGUGUGGCCACACGGCUGAGCCCCCCUUGUCCUGUGCCCAGUGCCCGAAGCACUUUCCCCAGCAGGCGGAUCUCAGCGGCAGCUCCCAGCCCCAUGCUAGCGAGACACCCCCCACCUGCCCACACUGCGCCAGAACUUUCACGCACCCGUCAAGACUCACCUACCACCUCCGGGUCCACAACAGCACCGAGCGCCCCUUCCCCUGCCCCGACUGCCCCAAGCGCUUCGCCGACCAGGCCCGACUCACCAGCCACCGGCGGGCUCACGCGAGCGAGAGGCCCUUCCGCUGCGCGCAGUGCGGCCGCAGCUUCAGCCUGAAAAUCAGCCUCCUGCUCCACCAGCGGGGGCACGCGCAGGAGCGGCCUUUCUCCUGCCCCCAGUGCGGCAUUGACUUCAAUGGCCACUCGGCCCUGAUUCGCCACCAGAUGAUCCACACGGGCGAGCGUCCGUACCCGUGCACUGACUGCAGUAAGAGCUUCAUGCGCAAGGAGCACCUGCUCAACCACCGGCGGCUGCACACGGGCGAGCGGCCGUUCAGCUGCGCGCACUGCGGCAAGAGCUUCAUCCGCAAGCACCACCUCAUGAAGCACCAGCGCAUCCACACGGGCGAGCGGCCCUACCCCUGCGCCUACUGCGGCCGAAGCUUCCGCUACAAGCAGACGCUCAAGGACCACCUGCGGUCGGGCCACAGCGGAGGCUGCGGCGGCGACGGUGACCCAUCCGGACAGCCGCCUGACCCCCCGGGGCCCCUCCUCCCUGGGCUCGAGACCUCUGGCCUAGCCGUUAACACCGAAGGGCUAGAGGCCGGUCAGUGGUAUGGGGAAGGGAGCGGAGGGGGGGUUUUGUAAACCUCGCUCCUUUCACGGGUAUCUAUGUUCUCCGGUUACCUGUGCCCGCGAGUCCCUGCACCCCCCCUGCGGUAAUCGCUAUGUGGCCCGGCGAUGAAUUUGGGAUCUUAGACACUUGACUAGAGACAUUGCUGGAAUUUUGGAACUUCAUAACAUCACAAGAACACGACAUUUUGAAACCCAGAAAGACCUGGAAGGAAGCCCAGCAUCCCGAUCUUUACAAAAGUAUUACCUGAGCAGAAGUUAUAUAAGAAGGUUGCAGAGAGCUUGGAAAGCAAGAUUUGGCCCCUGUUACUCCAUCACAGGGUGAUAAGUUGAUAAUGAUUGUGGCUCUAGGUGGGGACAGGUGCAUGGGAAGAGCCUCCAGAACUCGAAGCCCAUCACCAGGCAUGAGGAUAUUUAAUUGAACCUCAUUAAUUCCCUGAUGGUAAGAUGGUUGUUAGAAGAGAGUGCUGGAGCCUCGGGCCAUGGUACUGCUUCUCCCUGGCACGAGCUAAGGUCUGCCCCUCUGCUCAUGCACUGCCUCUCCCGGAAUGGUAACUCAAGACUGCCUUCCUAGGUUUCCUGGAUUAAUUCUUCUAAUCCAUUUUGGUUAAUAUUGGGGGAGCAAGAAGUUUGACUUUAAAAGCUUCUUAAGGAGAACAGUUCUUUGCAUAGUUUGAUUUGCAGAAUUCAGGCUCUUACUGGCAUUUAAACCGCUAGGAACGUUUGCCGAAGUCCUGGUUAAAAAAGUGGGAGCAGUGUUCUCAGCACUAGCUUUAAAAUCUAGAGAGCCCAGAGAAAUUUCAGAACAGCCUAAGAUUUGUGCCUGAACCACGUUUCUUAGAAGGAGUCAUUUACAUCAGAUUUUUCCGUAUUUCCAAGCUAAUAAGCUGAUUUUUCCGUUCCUGGUGUCUUGUAUUCUUGACAGUCCUCAGCAGAAUAGAUCACAGCACUUUCCGGAAGCGUUAUGGAGCUUCAGAAAGUGCCAGUGGGUCUCAGGUUUCAUUUCCUCAGUUGUGAGAUGAUGGUGCUGUAAUGCAGCUUUCUUGAGCCAUCAGAGUGUAUGUUCACCCCUUCUGACUCUCCCCAGUGGCAAUGGGCAGAUUGAGGAACUCUGUAGAUCCCUGAGCGCUGAGCACCACAUACAGACAAGGACAGCCUCUUGCUGCUUGUUCUGCUUUUAGGGACCUUGGCUACCAUGUGUUCUUUUGUCGGGGACAUUCGGUCAGAGGAGAGUAUCUGAGCGUGGUCCUACUCCUCAGUGGCUUUGCAGUUAGACAUAACUCCCUUUCCCUUUAGAAAUUGCAAAUUUUCAUCUGCAAAAUGAGACUGGUAAAAGGAAAAAAGUGAGCCUCUGGAAGUUAAAAAAAAAAAAUCAUAAAACUUGUGACACAUUUCUUCUGCCAGAAUUCUCUAUCUCUGGCUUCUAUCCAGGCAAAGCCACAUAAGACCCCUAAAUCAGAGCAGAGACAUUUCUUGUUGAAACUUGACGGAACUCGAUUUGUGUUACUCUUGCUGGGAGCCUGAGGUGGGAAACAAAGACAGCCCUAAGUCUUGGGCAGUAAAGCUGUUUAUUCCUAUACUCUGUUUCCCCUGAAUCUUUCCAAGAUGCCUGGAAACAAGGUCUGCAAGUACUUAGAACACUUUCUUGAUGAAAUGAUAACAGAGAGACCCAUUUUUUCCUUAUCACCUAGCCCAACCUUCACCCAGCCUAGCUCUGCCUAAACACACUAGGAAAGUGUUACCCCAGCUAGCUUUGCUCCUGGGAAGGUUCUGUCUGAACAUGCUCUUUAGAAUGAUUGCAUUUAUGAAACAUCUGCUCUGUGACAUUCACAAUACCAGGGGUCAUGGGAGACUUAAGAAAUGGGUGUGAGACCUAGUCUGCUGCUGUAAUUUAUAGUCUGAAGGCGAUGAAAAAAUCCCAAUAUAGAACAAACCAAGACAACUGACGAACAGAACCCUGGCCUGUUGUUAUUAAGAGCUUUCUAGCUAGAAUCUGGACCCGUACCACGCGUAAACGUGGAGGUUCUGGGGCUCCCAAAGCCAGGGUUCCAGCUUCACUGCUGACCCACUAGGAACUUGGUGUGAGACCCAGCUCUGGUUUGCACCUUGGUCUCCUAAUUAAGAGGGAGAAGAAUCAAAGUAUUAUCUUUAGGUGGUGAGCUCCCUUUUCUGGAGGCAUUUAAGCAUUUGCCAGAGUGUGCUUGAAAGGGAUUCCUACAUGAGUUGUGAUGUUGGUCUAGAUAACAUCAGAAAUUCUUUUUCUGUAAGUCAAAGAUUUAAUGAGGACACAGAGCUUAUUAAUGAAAGAGACCUGUGGGUUAAAAUGCUGCAGAUAGAGCCCACAGUCCUUUCUGCAAGGAACUGUAGCCAGCAGGGACCCAAACUUUGUCAGGCUGUGAACACGGUUCAAAUACCAAUGAGGCCAGAGCCACGAAGCUCAGUGAAAGGGAAUGGGCAGGACCAUGCCAGAAAGAUGCAAGUAGGUGUUCUCCUAAUCCUCAGCUCCAUACACACCAGGGGGUUUCAGCUGUGCAUUCUGGUCUCCUUUCCCGGCACCCAUCCUCUACCAGGUAAAACUCCAGGCCAGCUCUAGAGUUUGUUUGCUUAAGAUUCAAGGGUGGAUACAUAAAAUGCGCUCAGUGGAAAAGUUAAGUCGAACCGCGAAGGUUUCAGUGUGUGGAGAAACCUGGUCCAUUGAAGGCUCCUGAGAGAAACCAUGCAUUUAACUGCAGUUGAAGUACCUGAGGAUUGGUUGUCAGGACAAGGCAGGAAAGAGGAGAACCCAGGAAUGUGCCCUUCAUCAGUCUGCCCCCUGGGCUAAGAAGUCUGUCACACACAAAUAGGCCUAUCUCCUCGGAGUAGACCCAGAUGUGGACUGUAACCAGAUUCACUCUUUGCUUACUAAGUUUUUCAUUGUCACCGUUAGAUGAGCCUCUGUUUCAGCCACAGAUGUGAAAAUAAAUGAAGUUGAUUGCUUAUCUAGAAAGUGAAAGGUCUCUGAUCCUUUUUGCUGGAUAUUCGAUAUUGGAAACACCAUAGCUGGGCUCUGGCUAGAGCAGUGCUUUACGUAACUUUCUCAUCAUUAAUAAUAAGGACUGCAAAGUUCCGGUGGGGGAGAUUCUGCGGGGCUUCUUUUUGGAGCAUUUUGGAGAGACUUGGGUGACCAUGCCUAUCCCAACCAGGAUCAGACCCUACGGCUUAUUGGGGAAUAACAAAUGUUCACUGUCUCAGUUCCUUUAUCCAUUCCAAAUGGGAUGGAACACCCGGUUCCUGCUCACGGUUUUCUCUGAGGAGAGUCAGAAUACCCCAGUCCUUCUCCCCACCUAUCACCCCAUAUCGCAGCUUCCUAGACAACAAAGAGCUGUCUGAGGGCUGCUCAGCAAUGAGUAAAAGCCAGUCUUUCCCCAAAUGGCUUACAGAUGAGGAACUCUUUGUCAUCAGAUUUGUUUUUUCUAUGUGUUUGGUGGACGCCUCGACCCUGUUCUGUUCACUCUACAAAGGAAGCACUCACUUCUCACAGGGCCUAUAUACAAGACAGUCUUAGACUAGGGAAGUGUCAGACUCUUAGCAGCAAAAGGACCUCAAGUGAGGUCAAACUGGUAGGCACUGGAGGAGGAGGAGGAUUGGGGAAUGCAAAGAACCUGAACUUAAGGACACAUGUGGGUGAGUACAGCGUCAUGGGCCUAGACUCUGAGUCAGACCUGUAUUCAGGUCCUGGCAUCAUCAGAUGUAACAUAUGUUACUUAACCAUCAGGAGCCUAGUUUACUUAUCUGUGAAGUAGUGAGAACAAGAUCUGUGUCUCAGCGGGAAAGGAAGCCAGUGUGAAGUCCUUAGCGCAGAGCCGGACACAGAAGGCGUCACAACGACAGCUAUCACCAAAGGUGUCCGGGCCUGACCAGAGAGACGGUCACAUCCGGGCUACUCUAUGGAAGCGCAUGAUUGCUGGAUGUCUCAGCUUUUUGCCUGCCAUCUUUUGUUUCCGUUUAACCUGUUCUUGUAUCCUAUCUUUUCUGUACUUCCUGGCUCCCACAAGUUUCUAUGUACCAUGACACCAUGUGGCUCUGAGUCUUUUGUUGCUCUUCAGAUUCUGAAGCAGGGGGUCUGGCCCAGCUCCUCUUCCUAUACCAGGUCACACAAGUUUCCAGCCAACCCUUGGAUUGGCUGCCCUCGGGUUACAGGCUCAUCUUGGGUCAGCUGUAGUCAGGAGGAAAGGGCCUGUGUUCCUGUGGGCCCAGUAGAUUCACUUGGGAAUGGCAAAUGGUA